AUGAUUAAAAUUGUGUUAGGAAAAUCAACAACACAUUCUUAUGGUGUUGCUGGCUUUAAUUUCACUGGCAUAAUAGGAACUAUUGUAGACAAAAGUUCCCGCAAUGGCAAAGAGGAGAUAGUGGCUAUUAAGAUGGCAUUGGAGGAUUUCUAUCAAUACAGCAACCAAAGGUUUGUUCUGCAGAUAAGGAACUCUCAAGGAGAUCCCCUUAAGGCUUCUCUUGCAGCCAGAGAUCUUGUUGAUAAAAAGCAGGUGCAAGCAAUUAUAGGGCCACAAACAUGGGAAGAGACAACUUUAGUAGAUGAGGUUUGUAGCCAACGCAAGACACCAGUUCUAUCCCUAGCUGAUGCAGCUCCAAAGUGGUCAACUUCGAAAUGGCCCUUCUUGGUGCAAAUGUCACCAAGUGAAAUUAAGCAAAUGAAAGCAAUAGCUGCUAUUGUUCAGUCUUGGAAAUGGCAGCGUGUUAACGUAAUAUAUGAAGAUAGCGAUGCUUCAUCCACACAACUUUUAUCCUAUCUUUAUAGUGCCUUCAAUGAAGAAGGUGUACUUAUAAGCAUGCUUUUAGCCAUCCCAUCUUUUAUUUUCUCUUCAUUGUCCCAAGAACUGGAGAAGCUUGGAGACAAGCAAAGUCGAGUCUUUAUUGUUAUCUCUUCCCUUCCUUUGGCUAUAAACCUUUUUGAAACUGCAAAUAAAAUGAACAUGAUAGAGAAAGAUUCUGUGUGGAUCAUAACUGAUCCUUUCACGUGUCUUGUUCAUUCCUUGAAUGCAUCUACUAUAUCCUCCAUGCAAGGGAUAAUUGGAGUUGAGAACUACUUUAAAAAAACAGGGCAAAAAUAUUAUCACUUCUACAUUAAAUUUCGCCAAAAGUUUAGCUCAGAGUACCCUCAGGAAUUUAACAACGAGCCUGGGAUAUUUGCAGCUCGUGCCUAUGAUGCUGCAUGGACUCUAGCUCUAUCCAUGAGCCAAACCAACAUUAAAGUGGGCCAAGUUUUGCUAGAUAAGAUUUUGCUUAAUAAUUUUAUUGGCUUAAGUGGAAAAAUUCAGUUCACUGACCAAAAGUUACCUCCUUCACAUACUUUUCAGAUCAUCAAUGUGAUAGGAAAUGGUUAUAAGGAAAUUGGGUUCUGGUCAGAUGGAUUAGGUUUCUCAAAUAAUGUUAGCCAAAAUGCUACUUACAGUUCUUCAAUGAAAGAACUGGGACAAGUUUUAUGGCCAGGAAGACCUUGGGAUACUCCAAGAGGAUGGGCCCUGCCAACAAGUGCAAAACCACUAAGAGUUGGGGUUCCUGCUUUGUCCACACUAAAACAAUUUAUAAAUAUAACCCAUGAUCAAUCCAAAAACAUUGCCUUCAUACAGGGAUUUACUAUUGAUCUUUUCAGAGAAACCAUGAAGUUGCUGCCCUACCAUUUUCCGUACAAACUAUAUGCUUUUAAUGACACAUACGAUAAUUUGGUGAAGCAAAUUUAUUUGAAGAAUUUUGAUGCAGUGAUUGAUGUAACAAUAAUUUCAUACCGAUAUCAGUAUGCUGAAUUCACUCAGCCAUACACUGAUCCGGGUGUGGUGAUGGUAGUCCCCCUUAAAUCAAAAGCAGGACAUAGAGCUUGGUUAUUCAUGAAGCCUUUUACAAAAACAAUGUGGAUUCUAAUAGUGGUCAUGAUUAUCUACAAUGGCUUUGUUCUAUGGAUGUUGGAAAGACAUCAUUUCCCUGAACUUAAUGGCUCCACGCUGACCAUGGCUUGGUUGACACUAACCCCUCUCAUCAACUUCAAUGACACAGGGUACAAGUUGUUGGGUUGGACUCCCAACUAUGUGUCCAAAAAGUCCAAAUUUUCAAGCUCAUUUUCUACACUUAAUUGAGGGGAGUGAGAAGUCAGAAGAGAGUGGGUGAGAGAAGUCUAGAUUGGAGUAUUUUUUCGCAGCCUAGUGUGUGUAUUUUCGCAGAGAGACAUCAAAAAGAAAGAAGGGGAAGUGAGAGAAGAAAGAAGCUCCUGACCAGCUACUUUAUUCCUUAGAUAUCUGAUUUUAUCACCGUUGGAUCAGGCUGAAAAUUUUACAGCAGGUUUGUAACACGGUGCUCUUAGUUCUGACCGUUAGGAUUGUCGAUUGAAUGUCUGAAGUUGGAGAUAUUGUCUUCGCACAGAAGCCCUGUUUUUGGUGACUCUGCACAGACCAGCCGCAUAGAAAUUGUUAUUUCUCCUUAUUAAACCGUUGGAUUGAGCUGAAACGUUGACAUCAGUUACCAGACGUAUAUUUCUUCGUUCUGACCGCUGGGAUCGUCGAUUGGAGGUUUUGGCUGAGAUAAAUUGUGUCUAAACAGCAGUCCUGUUUUGUGAGAUUUUCUCUCUUUGGUUAGGCUUUAUUGCUUGGUUGUAUUAGCUGUUGUUUGCACGAAUUUGUGCAAUAUUUUGAGACUCUCUUGUAACCUCAUUUGAUUAUAGUGGAGCUUGAUUGACUGGUUUGAGCCCGUAGGUUUUUACUUCUCACAUUGAGAGGGUUUUCCCACGUAAAUAAUUCUCUGUGUCCUUGUGUUUGUUGCUGCUAUUUGUUAUUGUUGUUGCUACUCACAGGUUCUUGCAAGUUUGGAGAAUUGUUUCCGCUGCUUACUUUAGAUAAUUGUGUUCUUGUAUUUGGUUUUCCCCAAAACAAGUUACACAACAGCUUAUCAAGGAUGGCUAUGGUAGUGUGGCUAUUUGUGGCACUUAUCAUAACACAGACUUACACAGCUAACCUUACCAGCAUGCUAACUGUUGAAAGGCUUGAGCCGACAAUAGAUAAUGUUGAUCAGCUAAGAAAUAGCAAUGCUGUGGUUGGAUACGGUAUAGGAUCAUUCUUGAAAAAUUAUCUUCAGGAAGUUUUACAGUUCCAUCCUACAAACAUUAGGCAAUUCGGCGAGCUUGAAGAGUUUGCUGAAGAUCUCAGAAGGAAAGAAAUUUCAGCUGCCUUUUUUGAAGUUCCUGCAAGUAAAAUUUUUAUUGCAAAGUAUUGCAAGGAGUUUAUUCAAGCUGGGCCUAUUUAUAAGAUUGGAGGAUUUGGAUUUGCAUUUCCAAAGGGAUCUCCAUACCUUCCAAGUGUAAACCAAGCACUUCUAACUUUAUUUGAAACUGGCAAGCUUCGAGAAUUAGAGAACAAAAUGCUUGCAUUGGAGAAAUGUGAAAACACACAAACAGAUGAAGAAACUGCUAGUCUCAGUCCUAAUAGCUUUUGGGCCCUCUUCACUUUAACAGCAGGCACAUCAACAAUUGCUCUCUUGGUUUACAUUAUUGGUGUGAAUUAUUCAAACAUGGACAUAAAAAAAUCUGGAGACUGAUGACUCAACAAUGGGGAUAUGCCAAGAGACAAAUCACAAGAAAAGUUAGUGAUGUUGCAGAAAGUUCUAAGGAAUCUCCAAACACACAUGCUACGGCCAACUGAAUUUUAAAACUAUGAGGUCACUUGGCUUUAGCAGUGAAAAGGUGAUAAUGUAUUGAUAGGGACACAAAAUGUGCAAGCAAGAGUGCUUGACCAAUUUAUUAUUAAGUAACUUCAAUUGUGUUUGUAGGCAAAUGAGCUGGUUAGUAUGUCAGGAAAGGUAAGGUAAAGGUAACGUUCUAGGUUGAACUCUUAAGUAAACCAGUAGUGUUUGUUGCAAAUAUGUGUCUUAGUUUUCACAUGUAAAAAUAUAAAAUAUUUUUAAGAUAUUUUUUCCUAUGACUAUGGUUUUGGGUGAUUUUCCUGAAAAAUUGAGAGUGCUUCAUGGGAUUUUAAUUUUUUGAAAUAGUCAAUGCAAAGAAAAAUAUUAAGUAAAAUAUAGCGGUGAAUUUCCUGCUUGAAUCCACAGCAAGCUUGUUCGUUAGCAAUUAUUAGCAAUAUAAUUAAGUGCAUGUUCAGCAGAAAUAUAUUUAUUUAAUGUACAGUGUACAUAAUACUAGGUCCAUUUUUUCUUUUCUAAGUUCAUUAUUUAUUAUGCACUUUCAUUACUGUACAAAUCCAGUGCACUUUACUCUAUAACUAAGGUGUUGUGUAAUAGCUCUAACUAAAAUUUUCUAAUGCGAUAAACUAACAUAACCGGUUGUACAAAAUUAGUUUGUAUCAGCUUUAGUGAGGGAGAGUUCCUCCUUAUGAUGACAAUAAGGUUAACCUACCCAUCAUAGAAAACUGGUCACAAGGUCUAUAAAUCCAACACAAUUCACAUAAAAAUGAUUAUAAAUGGGAUAAACCAAUAACUGCUGUGUAUUAUUUAACAUUCAAUUAAUAUGAAUAUGAUUAACUUGUUCUGUUGACCAAAAAUGUUUCCAUACCUUAUUUUUUAAUAAAACAAUUUCUUAAUGCAUUAACAUCAUAAUCAUACAAAUAAAGUAGAACUUUUAUCCUAUGCAAUUUUCAGGCUAAGAAUGUUGGCCAUAAUGAUCUACAGUGGCUGUGUUCUAUGGAUGUUGGAAAGAUGCCACAGUUCUGAAAUUAAAGGUUCCAUGCUGAAUCAAAUUGGCCCAUCUGAGGACCAUGGCUUGAAAGUUGUAUGCUUUAACUCUUGUUUUUUUUUUUUUUAUUCAUACAUUACUAUUUAGAAUUUAAUUGAAAUAUUCUCUCAAAAAAUAAAAAUAAAAAAAUUCACUAUUAUCUAAUUAUGGAUGGCUAUAUCGUUGUCAAAAAUAUUAACUUUUGCAACAACUACUUUAAAUGUCAUAUUUGCGUUGUUUUUAAAUUGAUUGACAGUGUAUUAAAAUUAAUCUCUUAUUUAUUUGUUAGAAAAUUGUUUUUGUAAUGUUGCUUUGUGUUUGAGCUUUGUAGGCAUUUCCAAGGGGGUCUUCAUUUCUUCCAAGGGUAAACAAAGCAUUGCUUUCAUCAGAGCAAUGUGAAGACUAUGAACUAGAUGGAGAAACUACAAGUCUUAGCUCCAACAGCUUCUGGGUCCUCUUCAGAUUGACAAGAGGCACAUUAACAAUUGCUCUCUUGGUCUACGAUGUUCAUGUGAAUCAUGCAAACCGUGAAGAGGAAACAAUCUGAAGACUAAUGAUAAUGAUGAUUAUUCAGCAAUGAGGCCAUGCAAAGAGAAGAAUGUCAAGUAGAGUUAGUGAUGUUGUAGACAUAACAGGUUACUUGGUUGAGGAGGGAAUAGUGUUGUUGUACAUAGGGUGACAUAAAAUGAGCAACCAAUAGUGCUAAUACCUUAUUGCAAAGAAUAAAUUUGAUUGCUCAGCUCGGCAGUGAAGUAGUCAGUAUGCUAUGGUAAGGUAGGGUAGGAUAGGGGUAAGGGUAAAGAUCUUUGGUUGAACUAUGUAAACUAAACCUAUUAGUGUUGUAAAUAUCAAUAUGUCCCCUAAAGUUCACAUAUUAAUAAAAAAGAAGUUUAGUAUGAUUGCUUAGCAGGCCAAGUCCCUGCAUAAGUCUUUACUUCAUUUUCAGUCAAUUCACAAUGUGUUUCUUGCUGAAAUACACAGCAAACCUGUUCAUGACCAAUUAUGAGCAAUAUAAUUGUGUUCAGCUCUUAAAACCCUACGAAAUUUUAAAAUUAGAUUUAGUCACGAUGAUUGUUCUGCUUUGUUUCAAGGAACAUCAUCAUUAUCUUUCCUUGUGGGGGCUGCAUAAGUUCAAACCAAUUAUGAAUCUGACUUUUGUCAUUAGAAAAAAUAAUGUAAAGCUGCAACUCUCAGUGCAGUACAACUAUUCAAGUAACGGGAGUUAUCCAAGUACCCCAAAAAGUUAUAUUGUAAAGGAUUGGAUCUUGCUGCAUUUGUCUUUCUUCUUGAACCACCACGUUGUAAUGUGACAGUAUCAUGUCAUAAUCAAUAAAAACUAUGGUGAUAAAAAAAUGGAAGGACACUGGAUUUGACCAUAAAAGUCAACUGCCAUCCUUUGAGAUAAAUUAAGCACAUUAGCGACAUUUAACUGCUCUUGGAAAUCAUUGUCUAUCUUACCGAAAAAAACCGAAAGAAACAAACCAUUGUCUCUACUUAUAUUUGGGUUGCAUUAACCAAAACCACCCUAUUAAGCACUUGGGGCAUUUUAGCCUAAAGAAAAUUUAUUGGCUUUAACCGGGCACAUGAUAUGCUUCGAGUGACUCUAACCUAUUCAUGUAUGCUUCAACAUGAUAUUGAAUUGAGAUUGAUGAUACAAAAUCUAUUUUACAUAUAAAUCAAAGAAGUAAGAAUAAAGGUUAUAAUUCACUUAAUAUUUUGUACAAUUUUCCCAAAAAGAUAAAAAGAAGAAAUACAAAAUAGCAGACAAUAAGGCCCAAGGGAAGAAAAACAAGAAAAAUACUGCAAUCAGACACCCC